AAAAACGCAUUCCAGUAUAAAGAAGAUCAUUGCGGAUGCAAUACCUUCUGCGUCAAUUCACUGUAUAUACGUGUGUGUGUGUGUAAAUGUGUGGGUGUUUGAGUCAGUGUGUGCUAUUGAUUGAUUACUUUGUAUGAGCAAUUUUUAACUAAAAGUUACCAACGAUGUCCAAAGACGAGGCAGUGCUCUUUACCAUAGUAAUACCCACAAUUGUGGAGGAAGAUCGCCUGAAAAAUCAUGGGAUUCAACAGAGUUCUGAAAGUGGUGGAGCAUCUGCAGUUCAACUGAGUGAUAAAGUGGAGAAUAAAUCAAAUGAGGUGCCUAGAAUACAAUUCACAGCCUCAUCGAGUGAUCUCUUGGAAGACUUACCGCUGGAGACACCCCAAGAGUUGGUUGUACGACAGAUUCUAAGUAAAUUCCAUAUAGAGAAUGUCAUGUGGUCUUUGAAUGUGGAGGGCAAUCAAUAUCAUGUACAAUUCUCCAUGGAUUACGAUGAGACCUACGAACUUCUCUAUGAAACAUUACAAGAUUGGGGAAUAGGUGAUCGUGAGGGUUCUUCGAUUUCAGUAAUCAGCUGUUUGGUCCACAAAUCCUCCCAAGGGUCGAGGAAGGAAACAAUUUCAGCGGAACAAGAGAACUAUCAGCAGGAAUCAGAAGAGCCCCGCACACAUAGUAAUUAUUCCCGCAUGCCCAAUGCCCAACAGAAACACAGUGCUUGGACUCGUUUCAUGAAUUCGGUUCGUUCACGCCUGAAUGUGGCCCAAAUUGUACGGAAUGUACGGCAGGAUGCAACCAUUACUUUUGAUUUUUGUAUACUUCUCAUAUCAGCAGCUAUUUUGGCUUCGUUUGGUCUGGUGGAGAAUAGCACCAUAUUCCUGGCAUCCAGCAUGUUAAUUUCACCUCUGAUGGGUCCCAUAAUAGCUGCAAUUUUCGGAACAGUCAUAGAGGAUCGUUCAUUGCGUCGACUGGGAAUGAUCAAUGAAUUGAUUGGCAUCUUAAUGGCCACUUUGGUGGGAUUUAUAUUCGGUUUGAUUGUCUGUACGACAGACAAACGAUAUGGCAUUGGCGAAGGUCUAACCGAGGAGAUGCUGUCACGUUGUGAUCUCCAUUCACUAAUUGUGGGCAUAUUCACGGCGAUACCGAGUGGGGCAGCUGCAGCUAUUGGCAUAUUGGGCGGUAAUAUUGGUUCAUUGGUGGGCGUGGCAAUAUCAGCAUCUUUACUCCCGCCGGCUGUUAAUUCGGGUUUGCUUUGGGCUGUGGCCUGUAUAUAUAAAUAUUUCGAAAACGAUGAUAAUCUUUAUCGGGACGUAAUUAAGUCGAGAACAUAUUCGGAUAACCAAGCUAAGGAAUUGGCCAUAUUGGGUUCGAUUAGCAUGUGCUUGACAUUGUCCAAUGUUUUGUGUGUCUAUGUCAUGGGAAUUUUAGUGCUUAAGGUUAAGGAAAUUGCUCCAGUGAUUGGUCGAAAGAAUAGUCAAUUUUGGAAACAUGAUAUUAAGUUUGCCCGCCAUGGUCAGGGUAAGGAUUUGACAACCGAGGUGGAUAUCAUUGACGAAAUGUUGGCCAAUUUGCCCCAGGAGGAUCAGCAGGCAUUGGGAUUAAAGUCAGAAGAUUUUCGUCGUCAUUUAAGUGUAAAUGAUCAUCAUCAUCAGCUCACUUGGUCACCUUUGAGUGAUCGUCACAGUUUUACUACUCAACCGGGAACCUUCUCCACUAUACAUCGUCUGGAGGAAUUAUACACAAAGAGGAUUAACACAACAGAGGACUAUCCACGUCAAGGACCAAGUCUUAGUCGUCGCUCGACCCAAAGGGGAAAUGAAUUAACUGUCCCAAUGCUACCGAGACCACGAUUUGCCACAAUGCCAUCGGCUACUUCAUUAAUACCAAAAGAUUUUAUCCUUGAAGUGCCUAGCAAACGAUUUACUGUGACACCAGCUUUUGAGAAUUAGCUACAAUUACUUAUUAAUUAUUUAGUUCCUUUACAAUUUGUCAUUUUGUGCCUUGAGCUAGUAAAAAAAAUUUAAAGUCUAUAUCGACUAAAAUUUUA